GCCAGGCAGCUCGCUCGGCGGCAUCCGUGCAGCAGCGGCGGCGGCGGCGGCAGGAGCGGCAGCAUGACCGAACCGGAGGCGGCGGCGGCGGCGGCCACGGCGACGGUCCCGGAGCCCCCGGCUCCCCCCGGGCCGGAGGGCGAGGAGAGCCACGUCCGCUUCGCCCGCAAAGGCGCCCUUCGCCAGAAGAACGUGCACGAAGUCAAGAACCACAAGUUCACCGCCCGCUUCUUCAAGCAGCCCACCUUCUGCAGCCACUGCACCGACUUCAUCUGGGGAUUUGGAAAGCAAGGCUUCCAGUGCCAGGUUUGUUGCUUCGUUGUCCACAAGAGGUGCCAUGAGUUUGUUACCUUCUCCUGCCCAGGGGCCGACAAGGGACCUGCCUCCGACGACCCUCGGAGCAAACACAAGUUCAAAAUCCACACCUAUUCCAGCCCAACCUUCUGCGAUCACUGCGGCUCUUUGUUGUACGGACUUAUCCACCAGGGGAUGAAAUGCGACACCUGCAUGAUGAACGUGCACAAGCGCUGCGUGAUGAAUGUGCCAAGCCUCUGUGGGACAGACCACACUGAGCGCCGAGGCCGGAUACAUAUCAAGGCGGACAUUGAGAACGAGGUCUUGACGGUUAUCGUACGGGAUGCUAAAAAUCUUGUUCCGAUGGAUCCCAACGGCUUGUCAGACCCAUAUGUGAAGCUCAAACUCAUACCUGACCCAAAAAGCGAGAGCAAACAGAAGACUAAAACCAUCAAAUGUUCUCUGAACCCUGAGUGGAAUGAGACCUUCAAAUUCCAGUUGAAAGAGUCUGACAAGGGCAGGCGACUGUCGGUGGAGAUCUGGGACUGGGAUCUGACCAGCAGAAAUGACUUUAUGGGAUCUCUGUCCUUUGGCAUUUCAGAGCUGCAGAAAGCCGGAGUGGAUGGCUGGUUUAAGCUCCUGAGCCAGGAAGAGGGAGAAUACUUCAACGUUCCUGUCCCUGCUGAAGGUGAAGAAGGCAGUGAAGAAUUCAGGCAGAAGUUUGAGAGAGCCAGAAUUGGCCCAGGCUCAAAAGUUGCGGAAGAAAAGACACCCAACACCAUUUCCAAAUUUGACAACAACGGGAACCGUGACCGCAUGAAGCUGUCUGACUUCAACUUCCUGAUGGUGCUGGGAAAAGGCAGCUUCGGAAAGGUGAUGCUUUCGGAAAGGAAAGGAACAGAUGAACUUUAUGCCGUAAAGAUUCUGAAGAAGGACGUGGUCAUCCAAGAUGACGAUGUGGAAUGCACCAUGGUGGAGAAGCGAGUGCUGGCCCUGGCUGGAAAGCCCCCCUUCCUCACACAGCUUCAUUCUUGCUUCCAAACCAUGGACCGCUUGUAUUUUGUGAUGGAGUACGUCAACGGUGGUGACCUCAUGUACCAGAUCCAACAGGUUGGGCGAUUCAAGGAGCCCCACGCUGUGUUCUAUGCAGCCGAGAUCGCCGUGGGCCUUUUCUUCCUGCACUGCAAAGGGAUCAUUUAUCGAGACCUGAAACUUGACAACGUGAUGCUGGACUCCGAGGGCCACAUCAAAAUUGCUGAUUUUGGCAUGUGCAAAGAGAAUAUCUGGGAUGGAGUCACCACCAAGACUUUCUGUGGCACGCCUGACUACAUUGCUCCUGAGAUAAUUGCCUAUCAACCCUAUGGGAAAUCGGUGGACUGGUGGGCCUUCGGCGUCUUGCUCUAUGAGAUGUUGGCAGGGCAGGCGCCUUUUGAAGGAGAAGAUGAAGAUGAGCUCUUCCAGUCGAUCAUGGAGCACAACGUGGCCUAUCCCAAAUCCAUGAGCAAAGAAGCAGUGGCCAUCUGCAAGGGGCUCAUGACCAAGCAUCCAGCUAAGCGGUUGGGGUGUGGCCCGGAAGGAGAACGGGAUAUCAAGGAGCACGCCUUCUUCCGAUAUAUUGACUGGGACAAGCUCGAGCGGAAAGAAAUCCAGCCUCCCUUCAAGCCCAAAGCUUGCGGACGCAAUGCUGAAAACUUCGACCGGUUUUUCACUCGCCAUCCACCUGUCUUAACUCCACCUGACCAGGAAGUCAUCAGGAACAUUGACCAAUCAGAAUUUGAAGGCUUUACCUUUCUUAACUCUGAGUAUUUUAAGCCUGAAGUCAAGAGCUAAGUAGACCAUCCUCCCCCUCCCCCACCCCAACCCCAACCCCCUUACACACUCAUGGCCAUCUCCAUUUUGGUCCCGGCUGCUGUGUGGUGGCAUCCUCUGUUGCAACCAUUAGCUGUCUUGCUUUGGAUAUUUUUACUUUCUUUUGUGGUGAUACUGGAAUGACCAUCCUUCAAGAGACUGGAGCUGCAACCAAGUAUGGUUGCAUCCGUGGCAUAAGGGAGGAGAAAGAGCACCUGGAGUGUUAUGGCUGUGAGUCUAAAGAUCAGGUCCUCGUGGAGGUUUAGCGGGAGGCCAGAGUUGGAAAGACCCGCUUCCUUUAAAGUUAGCGAAAGGCCUCUGGAUCUUGAGCGCCUGUUGAUGGUGCUCCCCUCUUCUCCUCCGCCCCACUUGGCUUCUUCCCAAGGAGGCAGCUUGCAAAAGGAGUGGACGUGGUCUGGCUUUGCAAAAUGGAACUUGGCUCGGCUCCUUUGUCCCUUGCAGAAUCGCCUGCUUAGAGGGACGCUGCCUCCUUGUCUUAUUGCGACUUUGACGUGAAACCCAUCCAGACAGAGACACCUCUCUGUUAUUUCCAUGGCACCUGCAAAAACCCCGAUGACUCAGAACUGGCUGUCAGAAGCCUUUGGGUACCGCUUGCAUUUAGUCCCCAGACCUCAGUAAAUCCGUGAAGCCUGUCAGUAGAUGCUCUUACUCCAGGAUAUUUAUUAUUCUUAUUCCCAGGAAUCCUAGGGGAUUGAGAUGGGGCACUGGGACAGCCUCCAGACCCUUUGAAGGAAUCCAUGCCAGUCAGAUGGGGUGAGGGAGGCAGGAGGAGGCAGCUUCUGUCCCCAUGUUUGAAGUUACACAGCCCCCCCACUCCAGGAAUUCCACAACACCCACUCUCAGUUGUGUCAUUGCCCAUUUCUCAUGUUCUUCUUAACUAUUCCGUUUAUUUGCAUUAAUAAAGUCACACCUAAAUGAAGUCCUGGAAGUGGAUCCGGCCUUCCCAAGGCUAACCGAAAAUCAUAUGCAGAGACAAACGCUGUCUGAUCUCACCCGGCAAGGCUGACGACAUCGUGGUAGAUAGCUGGGAACAUUUCCUGGGGGAAUCUCUGGAUGGUCCCAGCAUGGAGGAGAGGGAGUCCCAAGAGUCUCAGGUGAAAGAAAGGAGGAUGAAAGAUACUUCCUGGCUUGUUCAGUUCAGAGAAAAAACGGGCACCUGAAAGAAUGGAGAAAUGCUGCCCAUGUUGGACCAAGGGACCUGGCACCGUAGAAGGUGGGAUUCAGCCGCAGGGGAGGGAAAGGGUGAUCAGGAAGGUCCUCCAGAGCUGGUCAGAAGCCCUGAUUUGGUUUUCAGUGCUAGAAGAGAGGAAGAUGAGAAGGGCUCCCCUGGGGAGGGGGAAUUGACUGCUGGCAUUGAGUUUUUAUGGAGUUUUUAUUGUUUCUUUAGCUCAGGUUGCCCUGCCCUGAUAAGCAAAACGUCACCACUUUGUCUCAGGAGGCCCCAGCCUGGCCAUCAAAAUUCCCAUCUUGGAGUCAAUGGUCAACCUCGUAUCUACCAUUCCAUGUUAGUUUUUAUGUUUAAUUCAUAUCAACCCUGUGUGGCACCUUUGCAAGUAUUUGGGGGGAGGGGGGGAGGGGGGAAGGGGUGCCAUUUGUCCAGCUGCCAAAUUAACAAAUUCCAUAUGUCCCACCGUGCUUUAUCUGUGUCAAAAAAUUAGUAUUUUACUAAAAUUAAGCUGAUAUUUAAAAUCCAAAAAGUUUGUCUGUAAUUUGACUGAAGCUGUAAAAUAUUUUUGUUCCGGCUAAUGUUCUUCAUAGAAUAAGAAAUAUUUUCUGUUGGAAUUUGAAGUUGUCUAUGUUUCUGA